GGACGGCACGAACCAUCGCCGGCUUUCUCACUAUACAAGGGGUGAAGUCCAAUUGCACAGCUUCAAGGCCUCUGGAUUGAGCAUCUACAGAGGUUCUCCUGCUGUGCCUAUUUGAAGUCUUCCUUGCCUUCCAGCUCCAUAAUGGAUGACCCUGAAUACGCCUACACUUCUACGAAUUUUGAUUAUGAAGACUAUAAAGUCAUUCCCUUCAGUGAGGAAAAAAGCAGCAGCAUGAGUGCCAUCAUUUGGGUAGCGCUGGUCCUUUAUGCGCUAGCAUUCCUGGUGGGCACGGUGGGCAACGGAGCAGUCAUCUGGGUAAUGGGCUUCCAGAUGAAGCGUACGGUGAACACGGUCUGGUUCCUCAACCUCUCCGUGGCUGACCUCCUCUGCUGCCUGUCACUGCCUUUCUUAGCUGUGCCCCUGGUUUCCAACUAUCAUUGGCACCUAGGUGACUUUGCUUGCAAGCUUUUGCCCUCUCUGACGAUCCUCAACAUGUUUGCUAGUGUUCUCCUUCUGAUGCUCAUCAGCAUAGACCGGUGUGCUCUGAUCAUCAAACCCAUCUGGUGCCAGAACCACCGUUCAGGCCAUCUGGCUUGGAUCCUGUGUGGAGCAGCCUGGUUCUUGGCCCUGGUCCUCACUGUGCCCUCCUUCUUCACACGGCAGCUCAAGCACUACGAGGGUUCUAACAUGACAUCGUGCGGCACCAACUAUGCUGUCUUUGGUGGGGACUACCACAGUGUGGAGAUCUCCGUGACUGUCACUCGCUUCCUCUUUGGCUUCCUGAUCCCUUUUGUGGUCAUCAGUGUCUGCUAUGGAUUGCUGAUCUCCCGGGUGCACAGCAGCCGCUUCAUGCGGUCCAAGAAGACCCUCAAAGUUGUGCUGGUGGUCAUUAUCAGCUUUUUUGUCUGCUGGGCUCCCUACCAUGUGGUUGGCCUGAUCCUUGCCCAUGAGUCCCAGCAUAGUUCCCUCUAUGAAUCCGUGAGCAAGGUUGACCCGCUUGUGGUAGCUCUGGCCUACAUCAACAGCUGCAUCAACCCUGUUAUCUAUGUCAUUGCUGGCCAAGACUUCAAGGACAAGAUGCAACGGUCCCUGAAGGCCAUGCUGCGCAACAUCUUGAGCGAAGAGGCCAUAUUGGCCAAUUCCAUGGCUGAGGGCCGUACACAGGCUACUGGCACUACUACUGAGGACCGAAGCACCGACACAACUCUGUGAGGGCAGCAGUGGAGGAGGGCCACCUCUUUGUAUAGGAGGUUGAAUGAUCAUUUGUCUCAGUCUGCCCACCCAAGACAGAGACUAGGAACCACUUUUGCUGAUACAGUAUUUGUCAUGGCGCUUGGUUUGCACACACCUUCUCUUCCUGCAGUUGUUGCUCACUACCUUUGCUAAGGGAGGCCAUUUACAUAUUGUUUAAAAAAUAAAUGAAAGUGAAAAUGAAAGAACAAAAAAGGACACAUUGUUUCCUACAAUUUGCACAUACUGGUUUAUGUGUAGAUGGAAAAUUAGGAUAGUUGGCCAGUUUUCUGUAUCAGCUACUUAGUUAUACCAGUUAAGUAUACUUAACUAAGGGGCUGUACAGACUCCUCUCAGCACCGUAUUGGGGCUGCAGCAACCACAUGCUGCGGUCCUGAUGGCAAUUUGCCAGCCCAAGAAGGGCCAGCAAAAUGCCACUCCUUUUUAAAAUGCCACAAAGCCGCCCUUGCUAUGGUGGCGGCAGCUUUCCGCAGUUUCUUCAGUGCAACAUGUAUAAAUGCUGUGCUGCGGAAAUGAUGUGAUUCCGCCUGCCGUCUGGUCGGGCAGGCAGUGUGAUGCCACCAUCAUAGUGGAGUUGGGGUGGCUGGUGUAUAGUUGCCACGCCUCCACUCCAUCUUGAUGCUUGUCCUUUUGGCCGAUCUGUACAUCCCUUGAGUAGCUGGUGUAGAGUACUGGCCAGUGACUGCAAUUCAAACAGACAUAUACAUAUUAUAAAUCAAUCUAUCUGCUGAGUCUGCUAACAGUUGAUGGGCAACUUCAAGCUCUUGUCUGGAUUCUUUGGCCUGAAUCCUAUUCAUUUAGGGCAGGGUAUCCUGAAGCCUAUUUAUUUAGGGUAGGGUAAUUAGGAUAGACACAUUGAUUCAAUUGCUGAAUAGAAUUUAUGUUAGCUAUGAGACUUUUUUAGGCCACCAGAUGUUUUUGACUGCAAAUCUAAGGGAUUCUGUUGGUCAGGUCAGUUCUACUGUACCUAGUAUAUUCGACAUCCAAUGCAGGUUAUUUUUUUAAUAGCCGCCCUUCAACAGCCUUUCUCAGAACUGGAAGAGCAACUGGGUGGGCAGUAAAGGGUGGUGACUUGCAUUUCUACCCUGCCAGCAGAUCCAUUGAACCCAGAAGGCAGCCCCUUCGGGGUGGGUCCAUUACUACUGCCUGGCAAUCUUUUUCCCACUGGGCCAGAAGCCCCACCAGUUCUAGAAGAAGCUGCCGGGAGGGUGAGCAAAAGGGUCUGCUUGGCCCUCUCCUUCGCUGUUGUGGCACUGGCCUCCUUAUGAGGAGACUGGUGCUGCCACAGCAAAGAGGGCUCCUCAGCCCUUCUUAUCCGACAGUGAGAGGAGGGCCCAAUUGGGUGUCACCCCCUUUUCUGGGGUGUCAGCUGGUGCAGUGAUGCCACUGGUCUUGGGAACAAGUUCAGCCAUUUCAUACUAGAGUUCUUUAACCAAUGUUGGGGCAAUACCCUUUGAGCCUGGGGAUUUGUGAACAUUUUUAGUUAUUAAUAAAACCUAGUACACUUCAUCUCUUCUCACCAGUUUUUGCUUUAUUUAAGACAUUCUGAAAAAGCCAGUUUCUGCAUGGGUGUCCGCCCACAGUUUUCCGUACUUGAAGCUGAUGAAAAGCAUUAAUUCAGCUUAUAAAAUAUACAUUUUGACAACACUUAAUUAAUAUUUCAUAAGAAUUCAACAGACAACCCAUAAGUGGAGACAUCAGUGUGUAAUUACAUUUCAAAAUGGUCAUUCCUCAAAAACUGGCUCAGCUGAUCCCCUAAAGCACCUCCAGAGACCAUCAUCCAUGCCCCUUUGCUACUGGAGGGGGAAAUAAGAGGGUCCAUUUUGUGAAAACACUAUGGCAAUGGAGCAACCACUUAUAAUUGUGUUCCUGGGUUC